ACAGCGGAGUCCUAGUGACGGCAGCCUCCCCAGUCACUUGGCUGGAGACAGUCAGCGGACAAGAUGCUCUGCUGCUUUCCCAAGGGUCAGGGCCGCAGUCCCAGGACCCCGCGAAGGGAAAGCACUUGGCAACGAGUGCGAGGAUGGAUCGCUCAGCCCAGGUGCUUCAGGCCACUGGGCAGGAACCUCCCAACUGCCAUGGGCAGCGCAGGGCAGGUCUCCCCAGCCCCAGCCCCCAGGUGCUCUGAGAUGAACGGGAGCCCAGAGCAGGUCUCCCUGGGCCUGGCCGCCAGACACCUGGAGCCACUGAGUCCAGAACCGGACAGUUUAGUCCUGGCCAGCACUAUUGGAAACCAGGCGGCCGAGGGCCUGGCAGAGGUCUGCACAGCGAGGACGGAGGCGGCAGGCACACAGUGCACCACGACGGAGCCCCUGGAGCAGGCCUUCGUGGACAGCUGCCCCAUCCCUGGGACCCACUUCCCGGACCCCAUGAGGGCCGACACUUCCUCCCCAGAGGAGGCCAUGGUGGGAAGGUCCACGUCCGAUGUCCCUGAGUCCUCACUGGAGCUGCACUGCCACGAGGAUCCCCCGGCUGAACUGGCUCUGCAGGAGCACUCAGAGCCCACUGAGGCAGAGCCCGAGCGUGAGGACUGGGCCGCAGGGCCAGCUCCAGCCCAAGCUGAAGUCCCACCUGUGGAGCCUGCGCCAGCUCCACCUGCAGCUCCGUCCCCCGCUCUGGCCUCACAGCGAGAGCCAGCCUCAGGCAGCCCUUGUGCACCAGCUGCAGGUCCAGGGCUCCUGGUGGCUCCACAGCAGGGCUCAGCUCCUGAGCUCCCCCCGGGGCCAGCCCCUGCCCCACCCCUACCCUUCCCCUCCAUCACUGUGGGGCAUGUUUUCGCAUAUGUUCUCUCCCUUCUCUUCUGGAUCUACAUGAAUAACAGAAUUCUUUUUAAUAAAAGUUAAGGAUUUUGGUCUGGU